AUGGCCAGAUAUAUCACGUGUUACCACGCUACACCGGGGCUACGGCCUAAUCUCCGUCGAAUACUAGAAGACUCGAAUAAUUCUCUCUUUGAUCUUCCCUAUAAUGAAUAUAUUGAACUUGUCCAGAGUACCGAUCGGCGUACCCGUCCUAGUCCAAAAUCAGCCCCGAAACCAGCUUUGACCCCGAAUACAGACCCAAUGGAUACUGAUCCGGUCCGAGUCAACUCAGUUAAAAUAAACCCCAAUCCUGUUCAUGUUGGCUCUGUGAGAGUAGCCCGAGCUGCUUCGCCUGUUUUAUCUGAUUCUUCUCAUGAAUCCACCACCUCUGACCGCCGCCGUUUCCGACUUGCGAAUAAUUUAUGCCUUUACUGCGGUUCUAAUGAUCAUUGGAUCGCAGACUGCGAUGCCCGCUCUACUUUGUCUGAUACUUCCGAGAAACCUCCGAAAAAGCUUACAGCCCGCGCCAGCAACCCGCCUCGCUAUUAG